UUUUUACUUAAUUUAUUUUUUUCUUCAUCAAAAAUGCUUCCAACUCAACAACCAGGCGUCAGUGUAUCAAGCGCUCCUGCAUUAUCACCUAAUAAAUCAAUUAAACAACGACAACGCCAGAGGACUCUUAAUGAACAAUUGGACCUUUUAGACAGACAAUUUUGUGUGGAAGUUGAUGUUCAGAUGGCAAAUAGAAUGGAUUCUAUUUCUGUUAGCACGCCGUCUUCGAAAGACUUUUAUAAGCAAAAAGGUGUUAACAAGAUGUUUUCUAAAUCGCUUGAUGGUGUUUUUCAGCCUGAUGACCUUUCACAAUCGCCAUACAGCCCACCGACUAAGACUUCUCGUAUUCAAAAUUUCUUUCGUUAUUAUUCGCCUAAUCCAGUUACUCAACAUCAGGCUUUACACAAGGGCCAUUAUGGAGGUAAACACUCUCCUUUUGAUUUUUCCACUUCAGCACGUCCAUCAAUGACAAAUGUUAUGCAUGCCCAGCAGUCUAAAUCAAUAAGUGAUUUUGGACCUAGUUCUUUUGGAUCAAGAAUUGUGUUGAUUCCUCCAACAACUGAAAAUGCUGCUGGAUGUAAGACUGCUCUUUUGAUUAAAAACGAGGAUUCCUAUUCAAAUAUGGGUGACAGCAUGCCCGAAAUCAAUAAAAUUUUAUUUGAAAGUCAGGAGGCAGUUUAUUCACUCUUUAUGAAAGCCCAUAAAUGCUAUGACAUUGUGCCUACAAGUUCAAAACUGGUUGUUUUUGACACACAAUUGCCAGUCAGCAAGGCUUUUUUUGCACUUGUUUACAAUGGGGUCCGCGCAGCUCCUCUUUGGGACAGCAGUACUCAGGAAUUUGUUGGCAUGCUUACUAUUACUGACUUUAUUCAAAUUUUGCAUAGAUAUUAUAAAAACGAUCAAAUGGAAGACGGGGUAAAGCUGGAGGAGCACAAAAUUUCAACUUGGCGGGAUAUCUUCAAAUCUGACUGUAGUCUUAGGCCAUUUAUCACAGUUGAUCCUACUGAAAGGUUUUAUAAUUCCCUUUUUUCUAUUAUUCUCCAUUUUAGUCUUUAUCGAGCUGUUCAACUCCUUUGUGAACACAAAAUCCACCGGCUUCCCGUAAUGGAGCACUCAACAGGCAACAUUUUGUACAUUUUGACGCAUAAGCGACUUAUUAAAUUUCUUCAUUUAUAUAUAAGUGACUUGCCUAAGCCUGCCUUUAUGGAUAAAACACCUAAAGAACUUGGCAUUGGAUCGUGGGAAAAUAUUCUUACAAUAGACAAAUCUACUCCACUUAUAGAAGCAAUGAAGACUUUCCUUUCAAAGAGGGUUUCUGCUCUUCCUUUAAUCGAUUCGGAUGGAAAAGUUGUUGACAUUUACGCCAAGUUUGACGUCAUAAACCUAGCGGCCGACAAGACUUAUGACAAAUUAGACGUUACUGUUUAUGAGGCGCUUAAACAACGUUCUGAGUGGUUUGAGGGUGUUCGAAGGUGCUCUGAUAAAGAUUCAUUAAAUCGAGUGAUUGAUAUUCUGGUGAAAGCAGAAGUACAUCGAUUAGUGGCUGUUGACGAUGAAAACAGAGCUGUUGGCAUAAUCUCACUUUCGGAUGUUCUUCGGCAUUUGAUUCUCGAGUUACCAGGCAGUAAAGACAUUGAACGGCAGAUUGCAAAUGCAAUGGGUGCUCGAGAACCGUCAGACACUGGAAUUGUAGAUUUGGAGUCAAGCAUAGAAGACGUUCAUGUAGCGCAACGGGUUUAA